CUCACCUCCACCCUCGCUCACUCUCCAUGUUGUUUCGUUCCUUGGGGACGGCCUUCUUUGGGGCGCUCGCUGUGUCUGCAGCAUACGUCCGGCUGGAUGAGAUGGUGCACGAUGAGCCAAGUGCUCGUGUAGACCACUCCGCCGGCGCAGCGGCGCCAUCAUUGGAGAUUCCCCGCGAAGACGAGCCUCAGUGGUCAUUUGCUUCCGAGGAGCAGCCUGUAGAGGCUCCAUGUAUACAGUCGAAGCCAUCAUUCCUCUCUGCCGCCGCAUAUCAAGCUCCUCACCGCAACCCUCGCGAUAAGUAUGGAAACAAGACUAUUUAUCAGGUUCUCAGCGACGAUCCAAAGUACCCGCGUGUAUUCAAGCUCGUCAAUCUGACCGAUGACAUUGUUUAUCUAUUGAAUGAUACCUCUGCAAACAUCACAUUCUUUGCGUCGUCCAAUUCCGCACUCCAUCAUCCUUCCCCGCCUGGUCCGCCGAAGCAUCGUGAGCCGUCGUCAUCAUUCGUGUCAACAAAUGAUUUCCCACAAAGUGUUGAAUCAUUCCAUUGCGCCUCCUUGGACACAUUCGCUGCUGUAGAGAACCUGCUGACGUAUGACCACACGUCCGACGAAUUUGAGCUAAUGAAGCCGAAUUUGACAAGAAUCAUCCGUGGGAUCCUCUUAUGCCAUAUCCUUCCUUCAUUAGAGUCUGUUACAUCGCUGACACAGAAUACUACGCAUGCGACAAAGCUUGAGCUGAUGGAUGGCUCCCUUGACGGAGAACCCCUCCGCGUCUGCAUCUCUCCGCAAUCAGUGAACAUGUAUGCCAAGUUCUUGAGAGCAGACAUUUAUACCGCAAAUGGUGUAAUUCACGAGAUUGAUCGCCCAUUGGUCCCGCCGCCCACUGCAUUCGAAGAUCUGUUCUUCAUGCCUGAUCUAUUCUCUACCCGGACAUCCGCACUUGGCCAUGUUGGCCUGAGCGAUGCUGCUGACUUUCACCAGGUAGCAGGCGACGGCAUGAAAGGUUCUCCGGCCGUCACGUUCUUCGCUCCGACAAACAAAGCAUUCGCAAAUCUUCCGGGGUCGCUGAAAUCAUAUCUGUUCACACCUAUUGGACAAAAGGCGUUGAAGAAGCUCCUGCAGUUCUACAUCAUCCCCGAAUUCGUUCUACAUUCGGAUUGGCUACACAACGCUUCCAGUAAUGCAUCCUCAGGCGCGCAUCGCGGAGGCAUUGAAUGCCUUGGCAUGAUGGACGAAAGACAGUAUUGUCAUUCAUCACCGUAUAGCGACCAGCACCCUCGGCUCGCUCCUUCUCGGGAUUGCCCGCCGCCACCUUCGGAUGCCUCAGCUUCGCCCUCCCUUAGGAGGCUUCGUCACCUCAGCCUAUGUGUGCCGCCUCAAUCAUCGCGUGACCAUCCGUAUCAUUCUCCACUGAUGCCGCCGGGGUGCCCACCUCCGCCACAGCCUGGCAUGCUUUCAGUCCGUAUGUCGUUUUCUGAUGGCCUUCAGUCUCAGUCGGGUACGCUUCCGCCACCAUCCUCCGACAAGGCAACUUUCCUGUCUGAUACGUCUGGCUGCACUGAUUCGCGCUCUUUUCAUAGCCCAUUACCGAAUCUAUGUCACAUCUCGCCUUCCCAUGGCGACCCUCUUCAUCCUGACCAAUUCCACGAACACAUAUCUCUCUCGCCUGAUCAUCCACUACCCCAACCGCCCAGAUCGCAUGAUAUGCAUGUUCAGCCUGCAUCAGACACACAUCAUCCCCGUUUCGGCAGCGCUCCACCGCCUCCAGAAGGUCCGUACGCGCCGCUGUUUGCGGACCACCGUCCGUGGUUUAUGCCUUCUCAUCACGAGCACCAUCACAAGGAUGAAAACUACUGGUCGCAUAUUUCUUACUCUGCAUCCAACAGCCCAAGGCAUUCGCCCCAUGUAACACACUCCAUUCCAUUUGAUGGACAGCAUUGCCCACCCUUCUCGCCUGUGAAACUGGGUAACAGUCCUUUGUCUCAGUGCGCAGACGCGCCACAUGCUCACCCAGCAGGAGCACCGCUUCCAUCAUAUGCAGGGCCGGUGCAUUCACGUCCUCGUCACGCGAAGCCGCAGUCCCCGAGAUAUCCGCCCAUAUACUCGUUCAACAUCACAAUCCCCACUCUCGUGAGCAAUCAUUCUAUGGAGGUCCACGUCGCUCAAUUCGAGGAGAAAUCCCAUAACCCAAUUUUGCAUCAUCCAAUCUUCCAUACGAUCCUCAUAGCGAACGGGCAAAAGGUAAAGAUUGCCGACGUUCCUUUGCGGAAUGGAGUCGUGCAUGUGAUCGACAGGCUGCUCAAUCCUAUGAAGCAUCUGCGAGAGGGCAAUGUAGAUGCUGUCAGAUAUGAAGAGGAAUACGGUGACGACUGGUUGAACUGGGAAGAGUGGCUUCCAGCCUGGGCGAAUGAGGCCUAG